CAGCCUUGCUCGCUUUGUUUCUUUUCUCCUCCUCAACCAUUUCUCUUUAAUCCACCCGCAAAAAAACACACACACAUAGACAUCAUGAGCUACGGAUACGGCAACGGUGGUGGAUACGGCGGACGUGACAGCCGACCCUCAUAUGGCAACGGCGGCGGAUACGGUGGUGGCGGUGGAGGCGGCUACGGUGGCUCGAACGGCUAUUCUGGUGGCGGAGGCGGAUACGGCGGUGGUGCUGGUGGCUUUGGUGGCGGCGACCGCAUGAGCAAUCUCGGCGCCUCGCUGGGCAAAGUCGACUGGGACACUGCCUCCCUCACCCGCUUCGAGAAGAACUUCUACACCGAAGACCCCCGAGUCUCUGGCCGUACCGACCAAGAGGUCCAGGCCUUCCGUGCUCAGAAGCAGAUGACCAUCCAGGGCAACCAGGUCCCUCGCCCCGUCUUCAGCUUCGAUGAAGCGGGCUACCCAGACUACAUCAUGUCAGAGAUCAACCGCAUGGGCUUCAAGGAGCCCUCUGCCAUUCAGUCGCAGGCUUGGCCCAUCGCUCUCAGCGGUAGGGACAUCGUCGCCAUCGCCGAGACUGGUUCCGGCAAGACGAUUGGUUUCGCCCUUCCCGCCAUGGUACACAUCAACGCUCAGCCCCUCCUCGCCCCCGGUGAUGGCCCCAUCGCCCUCAUUCUCGCCCCUACUCGUGAGCUCGCCGUCCAGAUCCAGGCCGAGUGCACUCGCUUCGGCUCUUCGAGCAGGCUCAGGAACACGGCCAUCUACGGUGGUGUGCCCAAGGGUCCUCAGAUUCGCGACCUCCAACGCGGUGCCGAGAUUGUCAUUGCCACUCCUGGUCGCCUCAUCGACAUGCUCGAGAGCGGCAAGACGAACCUUCGCCGAGUCACCUACCUCGUCAUGGACGAGGCCGACCGUAUGCUGGACAUGGGUUUCGAGCCCCAGAUUCGCAAGGUCAUUCAGCAGAUUCGCCCUGACCGUCAGACGCUCAUGUUCUCGGCCACCUGGCCUAAGGAGGUGCAGCGCCUUGCUCACGACUUCCUCAACAACUUCGUCCAAGUCAACAUCGGCUCUACGGACCUGGCGGCGAACCACCGCAUCAACCAGAAGAUUGAGGUUUGCACCGACUUUGAAAAGCGUGCUCGCCUCAUCAAGCACCUGGACCACAUCUCGCAGGAGAAUGCGAAGGUUCUCAUCUUCACCAACACAAAGCGCAUUGCGGACGACUUGACCAAGUACCUCCGACAGGACGGCUGGCCUGCUCUGGCCAUUCACGGUGACAAGCAACAACAGGAGCGUGACUGGGUCCUUGCCGAGUUCAAGAGCGGCAGAAGCCCCAUCAUGGUUGCGACGGCUGUGGCCUCGCGUGGUCUCGGUAUGUAUCGAUGUGGAGUUGUGCGGCGCGAUCGUGGAGAUAAAGGUGACCACUCUCACCCUCGAGGCGUGGAGCCGCGGUGGGGUGGGGAUGAUGGCUUGCGCCACUGACAUCCUCAUUCGGUAGAUUGGUCGCGCUUGAGGGUUCGAUGGGAGAAGAGAAGAGCACGGCGCUUUUGUUGUCGCCCUAACGGCGCCAGCUUGGGCACUUCGGGACGAACCAGGGCUGCGGUCAAAGGUAUUGCUGCUAUCGAAAGGCGGCGCCUUCCUCCCCGCAGCGGGCCGCUCUUGCAGCAUAGUCUGGGACGGAGCUGUCUCGGUGAUCCAUUGGCCACGCCAGUGCUGUCAACGUCUACACAGAUCACUGGCGGCGUUCCCGUCGGGCACUAUGCUGGUAAACGCAUCGACAGGUCAUCCUGAGGUGGGUAGGGAUUCACACAAGCCGGUGACUUGGGCAGAGCGUACCGGUAUCGCUGCCUCAACGCAGCUGACCUGAGACGUGAAGCUCAAG